CUCCCCUUGUCGCCACCGGAAGUCGUGAAACAGACGCUAUGCUCGGGCGUAAACUGUAACUUUCCAGCUUUUGUCUUGUUUGGUUUGUGAUUAUGCUAUUGUUUUCAGUACAUACACAAACAACAUAUAAAAGUAUUUGGAAUGGGCAACACACUGGAUACUUUCAAUGUCAGACGGGGAGUUAAAAGGAGAAGAACGGAAGAGAAUUCUCCGGACAGUAUAAACGCCGCUGAGCAAUGUGACCAUCCAUCCUUGGAACACACCCCUAAAAGAAAACGGACACAAUCAACAGCAAAGUACAUUCUCAAAAAAUUGUUUGAGGAAGGUCAGGACAGUGAUGUCACCAUUGUUGCUUGUGGUCAGGAGUGGCGCCUUCAUAAGCUAUACCUUUGUCAGUGCAAGUACUUUGAGAGCAUGUUCAGCGGACCUUGGAUAGAGUCUAAUCAAUCAGCCAUCCACAUGGAAAUAGCUGAUGAGAAUGUUACAUCGGAAGCCCUAAAGGUGGUUCUUCAGUCUCUGUAUACGGACAACGUGUUUGUUAAACCAUCGCAAGCUACGGGAGUGGUGGCAGCAGCCACUUUGCUUCAGCUGGACCCUAUGAUAGAUCAUUGCUCAGCUGUGAUGCAGAGUGCCAUCGGAGCAGAGACAGUCUGUGGGUUUUAUAUGGCUGCUGAACGCUAUGGUCUUGUGGAGGUCAAGAAACAGUGUCAGGCAUGGCUGCAGCAUUGUCUGAUGGUGCCUAACUUUGCUACUCUGCUGUGCCACAUCUCGGAACACUUGCUUUUGUCAUUGCUAAGCAGCCCUGAUUUAUGGAUGAUGCAGGUUGAAGUAGAUGUCUACUCCUUGCUAAAAAAGUGGGUUUUUAUCCAAAUGAAUCCAACAUGGAAAGGAAACAGAGAGCAGCUUUAUAAAGAUACUGAAGAAUUCUUUCGAACCAGAAGUGAAGGAAGCGCUGACUGCUUCUUGGAAAAAUCAGAGGGCUGGCGAUUCAUCCACAUUUUUGAUCACGUGCGAUGGGCUUAUGUUUUAAGUGAUUUAUCUUCAAUACAGCUUCUGAAAGAUGACAAGAUUGUACCAUUGAGUUGGCUGGAUCCAUUUGUCAAAUUCAAUUGGUACCAUCACUUGCAAGUUGAACAAGCAGCUGAUAAAGGUCCACAAGGUGUCAGUGAGGAGCAGUUUUUGAAAGAGUCCAUGAGAUGUGGUCGCAUUCUCCUUCAGGAGCAAGACUAUUGCUGGCGCUGGGUAGGCUAUAACUAUGGUCUUGACUUGCUCAUCAUGUGCCGGGACAGAGCUAUAUCAGUAAAACGUAACAGUGGAUGCCAGUCAUUUGAAGGUUCAAUUAGCCAGCAGCAACAAAGGCACGUCAUGGUUCGUGUCAAUGUGGCUCCCAUCAGAAAGAAGGAUAACUCCCCUAGCAUUAAGACUACAGGAAUCAAGUCUGUCACAUUGGGUCCUAAUGAGGAGGCGGUGCUGCUUCAGCUAGGGACUACCAUCCGCUUCCCUCUUCAGGUGACCAUGAAUCUCAUGUUCUUCUCGCCUUCGCCUGAAGCUCCCACCCCUUCUCUUGCCGUCCCACCUUUGUCUGCUUCCUCUCCAGAAGAAUAUUUGUCGGUGGCCGAGGACAUGCCCACCUCAGCAUCAGGUGGCACCCUUUCUGAGAUGCUGGCUGUGCAGCUUGGGCUAACCAAACCCUGCACCUGUGAUGGCAUAGGCAGACCUGGUAUUUUUUCUGGGUCAGGACAAGAGAGCAUCAGGGAGACCCCAAGGAGGGAGGGUGGUGGAAUAACAGAGGCUUGUGAUCUGAGGCAGCAUGGUGAAGUGUAUGUGCAGUGUGGUGAGGAGCUGGACACGCCCUUGUCAAGGGUUGGACCUAUUAGUGACAGAAACACAUUCUGCUCCUCCUCCUCUAGUGGAACAUUUUCAUCACGAGAUUCAGACCAGUCAUCUUCUCAGUCUGUCCCAGUUUCUUCAACGUUGUUGGAAGCAGAAAUUAGAGCAACAGCAGCAUCUCCUAUCCUUGAUGCCAGCAACAACAGCCACAGCCACAGAACAGUCACUUCUUCAAGUUGUCAUCUGUGCUCCUAAUGCUCGUUGGGUAGAGAGACUGCUGGAGGGGUCAGUUUGCACCAUCACAUGUGUGAAUCAGAAGCAGCUGCAGCUUCUAUAAACCCUUCUUCACCAUCUGUAGCCUCACCUAUGUAUUCAGGUUGGACACCUUUGCUGAAGGUCCUAGCAAGGUGCUCACUUCACCAAGAAGACUCCAGUCCCAGAUCUUGUGGUGGGAGCACAAGGAAUGAGUGCAGGUAUUUAAAAGAAAAACCUUUAAAGGAAGACAUUUGAAGAUUUUUGUUCUGACAUUCCCUUGAAAGCAAUGCACUGCAUUAGGUUUAAGAUUGUCAGCAGUUCUUUUUCCUCAUUCUUAAGAAAGUAUGAAUGAAGUGUAUUCCUCUGUGUGUGUGUGUGCAGGAGGGCAGGGUUAUAGUGAUCUUCCCACCCCUAUUUUAAAAAAUCCCAAUAAUGCUGGCUUUACAUUUUUUUAAAGGAUAAAUUAAAAAAAAAAGAGCUCAGCAUUAUUUUCGGCAUCACUAUAUUAUCAUAACUUUUUUUUUUUGUUCUUCUCUGUCGGCAAGCCAAUUGCAAUAAAAGUCAAACAUUUAUGAAUUUCUAGGUAAAACUUAAUAGUACUCAUUUUGACCAUCAGGUGCUACCUUGUUACUUUUUCUGUUAUAGUGUUAAAGUAACUUAGUUAUUUGAGGCAUGAACAUUAUUUCCCUACAGAUAUAAUUAAGAAUAAAUGUGUUCUUUUAGGCUGCAAAAAGUAGAUGUCUAUCAGCCUGGUUAAGGCCUUUCACAUUUUGAUUUGAACGGAAGGAGAGUUUUAUUUUGACCUGCCUAGAAUUUUUGUCUGAGAAAUAAAAAUGAAUAAGUAAGUAAAUUACUCGUGCAGACUUAGCGCAGGUUGAUGCAGUUGAUGGGAAAAGUUUUUCUUCUUCUGUUGAAACUGUUCAAGAGUGAGUAAAAUCUCUGUGAUGUAAUCAAA